CAUCUACCUAAGGUAGGAUUCAGGAGUGCGCUCGUUUGCAACCGGUUUUGUAGUCUUCUGUAUUACGGUCUGAUCAGAAGCAUCCUCUCCUAGAAUGUAAAAAAUACAUUUUUGUGUACGAUAGCUUCUUCAAUAUAAAAUGGAACUUACCCAUAAAAUAAAUUAUUCAUUCAAAAGACAUUUUAGAGCUUUAAUGUUGGGAUUAUUUAUCGCAUUUGGAAUCAUUGACCUUUUCAAUAGAGGAUACAACCGUUUAGCUACGACAUUAUUCUGCUUUGCUUUUGGUGCUGCAUUUUUUUAUCGUCAUAUGAAAAAGCAAAACAAGAUUGAUCUUAAUUUCGCUGUGGUUGUAAUCGGUUGCGAUUCUGGACUAGGAUACAGCCUGGCACUACACUGUCGUACUCUUGGAUUUGCGGUAAUUGCAAGUGUACUUAACAUGGAUGAUCCAAACGUAGAAGAACUUCAUCAAACGGGUAUAUAUGUCUAUAAGAUGGAUCUUGUGGAUCAACAGAGUGUCAGAAAUUUUGGUUGUGUUCUUCGUGAAAUUUUGAACAAAGAGAACUUAGGUCUGUAUGCACUAGUAAAUAAUGCUGGACUUAUGGUCAUCGGAGACUUUGAAUGGCAAACAGAGGAACAAAUGAUGCACCAAAUUAACGUAAAUGUUGCGGGUACAAUGAGGAUUACAAAGGAGAUUAUACCUUUACUCAGGAAACAUAGGGGCAGAAUUAUCCUUAUUUCAAGUCAUUGUGCUGUGGAACCUUUGCCUGGAUUUGCUAUUUACGGAGCUACGAAAAGUGCAAUCCGAGCUUGGGCUACUAGCCUAAGGGUGGAAUUGAAGAAACAGGAUAUCAGGGUCAUUUGUUUUGCACCGGAUUUUGUCUCCUAUAUGAUGCAUUUCACUUUAAAUGUCCUGAUCCGUAAAUCAAUGUUGGCUUGUACGGCUUGAAACUUGGACUGAAGCAUUCUUGGAAAAAUUCAUAUUUGUAACUUGA